AUGACAUCUAUACAAUUUUCUCAGGUCACAGGGCUUGUGUUGUCUAACGCAACUGCUCAUCCGUACACCAAUUCUGAUGCUCAUAAGGCAAGAAGGCCACUUUUUGUAAUACUUUGUGCUACUGGUCCUGAGCUCAUGGGAAGGCAGGUGUUAGCGUUACCUGACAACUAUUUCGACGCAAAUGGAGACAUAGGUGAUCAUUAUGAGAUGCCAACACCACAAUGUAUGCUUGAUAUAGUAGGGAAAACCCACAAGUUCAGAGUGAAGGUGAAGGACUGGUAA